AGGCUGGAUCGCGGAUAGGGAGCGCGAGCGUGAAGAAACCGGCCGCCAUCUUACUGUACCCACAACAGUCGCCGCAGCGAUCAUGUCAACUUCUUGCAAUUACGGUCGUACCAACCGUACUGGCAAGGAUACAGGGCCUAAAUUUAUACAGGUGAGUCACUCUUCAUCAAGGAAUAAAUAGGCGUCCAUUCUGUAUAUUUAGUUGACCAUUAUGAAGUGCUUUUUGCCCAAAACGAGCACUGGAUGCAGGUUGCUUGAUCGCUCUUCCGACGUUCAAUCGAGCACACUUGCAUUUUACCCGGAGGCAAAUACAUUUUGAGUGCAUAAUAUGCUUGAGAGAACGUGUUACACUACACUGGUAGUGUUGUCAUCAAUAUAUGUGCGAACACUCGAGAGCUUUUCUGCAUGCAUUGCUAGCAUGGUACACGGUGCUCUCUACGGAAGCAAGUGCACAUUCAUUUCUUUGAAUUACCUUUGCGCACAAGUUCGGUAUUACGUCAUAAUGAGACCAAGAUUGUCACAAUUUUUCAUGUAUUGGUAUUGUUUUGUGCCUUGGUUUGAUUUGUGACAAAGAAUCCUACGUAACGGCGUGUAGCACGACUUGAAUAACGCCUUUGUGUCUGAGCUGUAUCGUCAGCUUACCAGGGUCAAGUACCAGGGUAAUGUAAAAAAAUACAUCUCAACAACAACAAAAAUUAAGCUAAAUACUAGAAGAAAGACGACAACAAAAAAAGAAAAUGUAAUUGCAGAGGCUGAUGCAAUGUGAAGACGCCACGGCAAUUCAAACUUCAAACGGCGAGAGGGAGAGGAGAGAGCGAGCGACGGAGCGAGAAGCGAGAGUGGCAGGUGUGGCAGUUGGAAGUUAGAACUUCGACGCGUCGCCAGGGUUGCCAGAUUUGGCUAGAAAUAGCCAAAUUUGGCUAAUAUUGCUCGCAUUUGGCGGGUAAAAAUCGGGUUUGGCUAUUUGGCUAGUUUUGGGCUAUUUUCUGAAUUUUGACCGUGAUUCCGUUUAGAAACGAUGAAAAUGUGAAACAAGAGAAAAAUCCAUUGUUUCAUACGUUCCUUGAAUCCACGGCUGCGUCAGUGCGUUCCCCUUGACCUUGAAAGCUCGCGUUUAUGCGACAAAGUUUCGCUUUGCUGAAUGCUGAUGCAAUGCUCCCACCUGCAGGAUGAGGAAAAACUGGGUGUGAUGGAAAGAUCCACCUUGUCGCCUGUGUCAAAAUUGUGUUGAGACAACUUCGAUUGAACUUAGAAGUACUGGAAUCUCUACAGCUGCUACAAUGCAACAAUCUUGAGAAAACAUAUUUUCUAUCUUAUAUCUAUCUAUAUGCGGAAAAUUAUAAUUUUCCGCAUUUCGCGGAUCGUUUCGCAACCUGAUUCCUGGCGACUCAGUCUCUGAUAUCGAAUCUGAGUUCUCGCUGCUGCAGAUUGUUAUAAAGGACGCACGGGAUGAGAACACGCCCAAGUUCUGGAUAAAACUGCGACGCAUGGAAAACAGCAUUGGGAAAAAGAUGUUCCCGAAUCUGUCGGGGUUCGCUAUCGGCCUGCUCAGCGUCCCGAUCUCCAAUGCUGUCGUAGAAAGAGUAUUUAGUCAGGUUACUGUUAUGAAAACAGACCUGAGGAACCGUUUGUCUUUGACCACCCUCGAGACCCUCCUGUGGCUGUGCCGAUUUCAAGCCGUCAGACAACCUCCUAAAGAAGUUCACGAGCGACGUGCUUUAUGGAGAAAGUCAAUGGGAAGAAACUGCGGACGAGGAUCCUGAAGACCCGGGAAACAACUCCGACGAAUGUCCUUAGCAGUCUACAAUUGACUGGAGCUUGAAUUUUUCAUAUUUUCCUUCGUUCUAAUCGCAUCAUUUCACGAAUAAUAAAUGCCUGUCAUUCAUUCAAUGCACGGCUGUCGUUUCUGCGUCAGCAGUCAAACCGAAACGGAUAACAAGGAAGGACAAGGAGCGCCUCCCGCAGCAUGUGUAGCAUGCACAAACACGUCGGGCGCUUUUGGCUAUUUUUUUGGCUAGAAGGUACUGGCGUACUGGCUAUAUUUUGGCUACAGGUGGCCGGAAAACGGGCUAUACAAGGCCUUCGCCAUCUGGCAACCCUGCGCGUCGCAGCAAGUUGGUUUUCUCUUCAGUAACCGUCGCAAGGAUGGUGAUGGUGUAUCUCCUGUGCAGUAUUUACGUGUGUUUCAGUGCGCUUUGUAAGACAAUGCGAUGACAAUGGUUCCUGUGCAACACAUUGUCGAUUUCCCGGAAGCGUUUUGACGCCAAGAAGACGUAAACGGCGUAGAGGCAAGACCGCACUGUGAAACGCCAAUCGGACUGCACGUCGCGAAUGUUUGCAGAAACUUCGGAGGAACUUGAAGAGAAACAGGAUAAGAAGAUUCCGAACGUACGGUGAAGAGGAAUGGGGUGUAUGUCGCGACCUGCAUAGAAAACAGGAGUGUCGUGUCAUCUUCUCUAAGAAAAUACAAGAUGUGAGGUGGCCAACGAACGAAAGCUCCCUGUGGUCCGUGAGUGCAUCGCACAGUCAGGCAUAUGCUUUGUCUAGACACAGUGAGUGAUCAGACUUAUACUGCGUGGGAUGUAAAUGUAGAGAUGUAUUGAUUAUUUCUUUCUGCUCAGUGUAUGCUUUUAGCAGAAUAAACGGUAAUUACUUGAGCUAUAUUGUGAGGGUUUUCCUUCCCCCUCCUCCUCACUCAUGCCGCACUUCCCCUGGACUCCAACAGAGGUCGCCCCCUUGCUUACGCAAAAGCUGUGGCAUGCGCGCUCGCCGCGUCUGAAUGACCAGAGACUCCCUUGCCACUAGUCAGUAGUCGUCGCUCGCCAUGCUUACUUGACGGUUCUGUUGCUAGUUGUCUGUAUCGCUUUCGCCAUUAAACGGGUAGUUCGCUGCCCUCAUUGUUCUCCCCAAGCCCUGCCUCAUGCCUCUCCAGCCCUGGCAUCCCCACAUUUGGCGCAGUCGACAUCAACCCAUUGCCUACCCCGCUCGUACCACAAUGCCGCCCAGCCUCGCUUUGUUCGCUUGUCACCCCGGUUCUCGGACCUUCUCCCAGGCCGCGCCAUCUUUGCCUUCUUCCUCGGCUUCGCCGUCUUGGCCUUGAGCCGCCAUAUUGUCACGCGGCUUUCGCUCGCUGAUUCCACCAUGCCGGGUAUCAAUUGGCGGGAAUUGGACGCCGCUACGAUGGCAGGCCUCAGCCCACUUCUAAUUCGGGAUGAACUCUCACGUCGCGAUCUUGACACAACCGGCUCGGACGCAGAACUCGUCCAGCGUCUCCAAGCCUGCCUUGACGCAGAACGUUCCACAGCAUCCACAACACGGGAAACGCUCCAAGAUAUCCCUCAAGCUCCUGUGCCUUUUGACCCCCGAAUUUUACAACAGCUUACAGCAUCCAUCAACACACUGACACAUAUCCUGCAACAAGCCCAACAACCCCCGCAAUCUCUACCAAUGACUAUGAGUGUGCCUUCAGAGAUAGCUACGUCAACUCUUCCUAUGUCUCCUCCAUUGUGUGAAACCAUGCUCCACUCAAGCAACACAUCCCAAGCGUCGACAGCGGACCACGGAGUCAGCGCCAUUCCAUCGCCCCAUCCCCAAACCGCACCUCAGUCUGCUUUGCAUCCUGUACUUCAGCCUUACCAGAUGUCUUACGUUCCUCAAAUAAACGUCACCACCAUGCCCGACAUUUCGUCUAGCAUACCUGCCUUUGAGGACGGCAAGAAACAAAAAGCACGUCUAUGGAUUGAGGAUCUUCAACGAACGCAACAACUGGCAUCAUGGUCACCAGACACUACACGCUUAAUCGCGGCCAGUAAACUGCGCGGCACAGCCAAGAACUGGCAUCUGACUUCGGGUCGUGAGUACCCCACGUGGGACUCAUGGAAGACUGCCUUCCUCGACACAUUCGCACAGGAAACGUCACUGAUCCAGUGGCAGCAGCAGGUUAUGGCUACCGUGCAACACAGCUCCCAGUCCCUGCGUGACUACGCCUACGGAAAGCUCCGUGCUAUCAACAAAUGCCCUGCUCCCCCCACAGAUGCUCAAAAAGUGGAGUACCUACUGCAGGGUAUAUCAACCCAGUCCACUGCUACAAGCAUCGCCGCACAGCGUCCAGCGUCAGUGGCAGCGUUUCUUGAGAUGUGCAAUGACAUAGAUCGCACACUCCAGCAUUUGCAACAGCCAACCUCUGUGCCCCCACGUCACAGUCAGGAGGAAUACAAACGCCAUCAAAGUCGUCCAAGUGCAUCGUUGGGACCCCCCAACACUGGACCACCUAAACACCAACUUGCAAGUCCCAAUACUGCAAAUCUCAAGUCUUAUCCAGAAGGUCCUCCGCGCCCCCAUGCUCUACAACAGCGUGUUCGAAUUGCGGACUUAGCCCCGGAACAAAAAGAAGUCCGGUACGAAGCUCUGUCUCAGCGCUACGGUGCACCAGCAUUCCGCCCUGGUGACCCACUAAGCGAAGCUGUCUGCUUCUCGUGUCGUGAGAAAGGCCACCUCUCCUCCAAGUGCCCUACAAAGCAAGGCCGACAAAAUCACGGUUCCUCAUCAUCAAAGACUGCAACACAGACUACUGCCAUACCAGCACCGCCAGUGCCUCACGCUCUACAUACCACCACAUCAGAAACUUUUGACGGGUCUCAACUGGAGUGCUCAUUUUUUAGAGCUACUAUCGCCAGUAUCGGACCAUGCGACGCAUUUCCUGACUCUGGGUCAAAAAUGACCAUUAUUCACCAGUCCCUCGUGACCAGCACACAGCUACUUCCUUGGACCCAGCCACCACUGGGAGUAGUCGGUGGAUCGACCGUUCUACCAGAAGGAACGAUCUGUCUGAAGAUUACAAUUGGACCUAUUUCUGGAGUCGUAGAGGCUGUUGUCCUCCACAAUAACGUGUUGCCCUUGAUUUUGGGUGAGGACUGGUUCCGCGUAACAGGCACCCGCCUUGUCUUUGAGCCACCUAACCCAGCAGAAGUACACCACCCUGCUUCAGGUUCAGUAGUACAAGCACAUCUCAAACUCUAUCCUCGUUCAUCUUGCGCAGUUGUUCUUCACCAGUCGUCCCUAGCGCAAGGCACAGCACCAGAAGCCCAACCUACUCUGGGUCUUCAGGAGUCGUCGCUACCAGAUACAAAACCUCCAUGGGAGCCCCUUUGCAAAAGCACGGCACCAUCACACUGCACUCGUUCUGCACCUGAUGAAACCGUUACAAUACCUGUUCACGACGACUUGCCACCAGCAGCUGUGGGCAAGGAACUGUCGCAGGCACAACAGUCGGAGCUCGCCUCAGUCUUGUCAACUCACCACAGUGUUUUUGCUCGCAAUGAAGAUGACAUCGGUCAUCUAAAAGGACUUGAGCAUCACAUCGAAUUACUACCCAACGCAGUGCCAUACAGCAGGAGUCCAUAUCGAUACUCCCCAGAUGACCGUCGGUUUUUGGAUGAGCAAACGGAUAAACUUCUAAAGCAAGGCAUCCUCCUUCCAGCUACAGGGCCAUGGGCUUUCCCGGCUAUCGUCGUCACCAGAGGACAAAAGAAACGACUUUGCGUCAACUACAUACCCUUAAACAAACUUACAAUCACAGCCGUGCACCCACUGCCGCAUGCAGACGACAUCAUUCACGAUGUAGCAGGAGCAUCCUACUUUGCCUGUCUCGAUUUAAAGUUUGCCUACUGGCAAGUCAGCCUUCGACCAGAGGACUAUGCUAAGACUGCCUUUAUCACACACAGUGGCACUUACAUGUGGACACGUAUGCCUUUUGGCCUCAAGAAUGCCCCAUCUACCUUUCAACGUGCCAUGCAACUUGUGUUCAGCAACUUCAAAGCCCCACAAAAGUCAGGAAUUCGUAUCUAUUUAGAUGACAUUCUGGUUUUCGCAUCAUCUUUUCCUGACUUCGUCGAAGUGCUCCAAUUGGUGCUCCACCGCUUGGAACACCAUGGACUGAAAGUUUCACUUGAUAAGUGUCGUUACGGGCUAUCUCGAAUCCGUUUUCUAGGAUUCAUCCUCUGCAGCGACGGGAAACUCCCCGAUCCAACCAAAGUGACCGCCAUGUUAAACAUCCCAAGACCAACAACACGGAAGCAAGUUCUCUCCUGGGUACAAACUGCAAAUUUCUACCGCCGCUUUAUCAAAAACUUCUCAAGGAUUGCCACCCCACUGUAUGCCCUCGUCAAAGCCCCCGAGUGGUAUUGGAACACUACGUGUGAACAAGCUUUUCAGACUGUACGCAAAGCCCUUACUGAAGCGCCACUUCUGGGACAUUUUCUUGAGGAAGUUCCAACUACUGUAACUACAGAUGCAUCCGCAUCAGCUGUCGGUGCAGUGCUUACUCAACUUCAGAAUGGCCAUGACACAGUCAUCGAGUAUGCUAGCCGCAAGCUUACGCCUGACGAACAAAAACUGCACAGUAAUGUUUGGGAAUGUAUCGCCGUCCAUUGGGCCAUUACGUUAAGGUUCCGCCACUACCUUUUAGGCCGAAAGUUUCCUCUCAUUACCGACAAUUGGACUGUUGUUUGCCUUACCACCAACGUUCGCCCGUCACGUCGCUUCACAGGCAUGCUUAUGGACUUAAUUGAAUUUGACUUUAGCGUGGAACAUCGCCCAGGUCGCCAAAAUGUUGUCGCCGAUCACCUUUCUCGCCUGUCACUUGCCAUCACAGCACAUAACAGUUCACUCGCUGAACUGCAACGAGAGGAUCCCCAGUGCGCAGCCGCCCGGCUAACAAUGCAAGACAACCCAUCGUGCAGCGACUUCUUGGACAUCGAUGGAAUUCUCUACAAACAGUCGGACUCUGGGCACCCAACCUUGGUCGUCCCCGCAAAAAUGCGAUCAGCCAUCCUCCAUACUAUGCAUGAUUGUGCAGGCCACAUGGGUUCAGAACGCACACUACGCAAGCUUCACGACCGUUACUGGUGGCCCGGACUAACGGCAUCAGUACAGAACUAUGUUACAUCGUGCCAAACCUGCCAGCUCUACAAUCGUCCUACCUCAAAGAAUGUUGGCUUUAUGGGACACAUGCCAGUCUCUGAAAUCCCAUUUUCAAUCAUCGCAUUUGACCACAUAAUGAUGCCACCAACAGGGAGUGCCCGCUACAUCUUUAACGUGAUUGACUUCACAACACGCUUCAUCAUCCCUGCCGCAGUACGUUCUACAAACACCGCGGACGUAAUAGCCCAUCUGCAUUCAAUAUUCUACCGUUUUGGUGCCCCAGACCAUUGUCUCUCCGACCACGGAGCAGCUUUCGAGUCUGCCCAGUUUGUGCGUUUCAUGCGCCUUCACGGAGUGCAAGUACACUACUCCACUGCCUACCGAGCGGAAGGAAACGGAAUGAUAGAGCGCAGCAACGGCUCACUCGUCACAGUCCUAUGGAAAAUCAGUCCACAAAACCAACCACCCUGGGAUUCCAAGUUAGCAGAAGCUGCAUUCGCCGUAAAUACAGCGUAUAACGCCAGCACUGGCUUCAGCCCGUUUGAACUUCUCUUCGGAUACUUGCCAAAACUCCCCGAAGAACGACAUCGCCCCCCAAGUGCUUCGUCGCUCGCAGAACGGCUACUAGAUGUUCAAACUGCACGCGUAGAGGCUCUCACAAACUCUGAAACUGCUCAGCAUCGUAGAAAAAAGCUAUAUGAUCGAACCCAUCGUCAACACUCCUUCCAAGUGGGUGACUUCGUUUGGAUUCGCCGCCAACAGCCAGUUCUGCAAGGCCUCGAGAAACUCUCCCCUCGCUUUAAAGGCGUUUACCGCCUAACGGAACAACUCACUCCAUCGACGUUUCAGGCUAUGCCAGUUACGGGACAGUCCAUAAGACAAACCAAACAACCACGCACGGUGCAUGUCUCCCAGUUAAAGAAAUACGUGCCCCCUCUUUCAGCGCAAAUCGACGAAGACCGUUUGUCAUCGCAGCCUGCCAGUGACCUGACCGACACUUCGGACUACUCCGCAUCACUGCCAGUGACGCAAGUAAAUUCAGCGUCUCAACCAACAACAGAACAGCCUUCUCAACGUCCAAAUAGACAGCGCAAACCGCCGUCCUAUCUAAGUGACUAUGAACUCGAACUGUGAAACGUUUUUGGUCCACUAAGUAACAUUUUUUUCUUGUUUGUGCACUGUCAUGUUGCUUAUAGCUUAUUUUAGUUUGUAUUGUGACAUAUUGUUGUCAAUGUUUAACUUCUUCAAAUGGGACUUUGGUCUUCAGGAAGGGGUGGGAUGUGAGGGUUUUCCUUCCCCCUCCUCCUCACUCAUGCCACACUUCCCCUGGACUCCAACAGAGGUCGCCCCCUUGCUUACGCAAAAGCUGUGGCAUGCGCUCGCCGCGUCUGAAUGACCAGAGACUCCCUUGCCACUAGUCAGUAGUCGUCGCUCGCCAUGCUUACUUGACGGUUCUGUUGCUAGUUGUCUGUAUCGCUUUCGCCAUUAAACGGGUAGUUCGCUGCCCUCAUUGUUC